UUUGUCAUGUUGUCUGUUUGUAUUUGUAUGUUCUUUUGGCUGCUGUUUACUUCCACUGGAGAGAAAAGAAGAAAUACAAAGUUAAAACUCAUCUUGUUCCAAAGCCAUGUCAAGGUAUUUAAAAAAAGCCUCACCUACAGAGCUCCACUGAGAGGAGGAGCAACACUAAAAGAGGAGAGCUGCAACGUCUCAUUUCCUGAAAUGAAAGUGAACGUUUGUCUGAGUGACAGCAGAGCUGCAGUCGAGACAAGUCUCUGUGUUUCUCUCUAAAGAAACAUUCAACUGAAUCCAGCAGGUUUUCAUCAACAACACAGCAGAAUCUCUGCCAAACACUGGAGGAGCAACACUGAAAGGGGAGAGCUGCAACGUCUCAUUUCCUGAAAUGAAAGUGAAAGUGUGUCUGAGCAACAGCAGCUGCAGUCGAGACAAGUCUCUGUGUUUCUCUCUAAAGAAACAUUUAACUGAAUCCAGCAGGUUUUUAUCAACAACACAGCAGAAUCUCUGCCAAACACUGAGUGUAGAUAUGUCUGCUGCCAGCUGUCUGCUGACUGAAGAUCAGUUUCUGUGCUCCAUCUGUCUAGAUGUGUUCACUGAUCCAGUCAGCACACCAUGUGGACACAACUUCUGCAAAACCUGCAUCACUGAACACUGGAAUAUUAAAGUCCCCUAUCAGUGCCCCAACUGUAAAAAGAUUUUCUCCACAAGACCUGAGCUGCAGGUCAAUACUUUUAUCUCUGAGAUGGCUGCUCAGUUCAGACAGUCAGCUCAACAGAAAGCCAGCAGCAGCAGCUCAGAGCAACAAGCUGCCAAACCAGGAGAAGUUCCCUGUGACCUCUGCACUGGAACCAAACUAAAGGCCCUGAAGUCCUGCCUGGUGUGUUUGGUCUGCUAUUGUGAGACUCAUCUGGAGCCUCAUCUGACAGUGUCAGGCCUGAAAAGACAUCAGUUGAUCGACCCUGUGGAGAACCUGGAAGGCAGGAUGUGUACGAAGCACGAUAAACUGCUGGAGCUGUUCUGCAAGACCGACCAGAUGUGUGUCUGCAUGCUCUGCACUGUUUUAAACCACAAGACACAUGAUGUUGUUCCUCUGAAAGAAGAAUGUGAAGGAAAGAAGGCCGAGCUGGGGACGACAGAGGCUGAAAUUCAGCAGAUGAUCCAGAAGAGACGGCUGAAGAUUCAGGAGAUCAAACACUCAGUGGAGCUCAGUAAGGAAGAUGCAGACAGAGAGAUAGCAGCUGGUGUUCAGGUCUUCACCGCUCUGAAAGAGUCUGUUGAGAGAAGCCAGGCCGAGCUCAUCGACACGGUCAAAGAGAAGCAGAGAAAGACAGAGAAACAGGCUGAAGGCUUCGUCAAAGACCUGGAACAGGAAAUCUCUGAGCUGAAGAAGAGAAGCACUGAGGUGGAGCAGCUCUCACGCUCUGAAGACCACCUCCACCUCCUCCAAAGCUUCACGGCCCUGAACGCUGCUCCACCCACCAAGGACUGGACAGGAGUCAGCAUCUGUCCACCUUCAUUUGAGGGGACUGUGGUGAGAGCUGUGAUUCAGCUGAAGGAGAUGCUCAAUGAAGAGAUGAAGCAUUUUGAGGCCAAGCUGAAGAGGGUCCAGCAGUCUGCAGUAGAUGUGACACUUGAUCCUGAUACAGCACAUCCCAAACUCAUCCUGUCUGAUGAUGGAAAACAAGUUAAACAUGGUGAUGUAUAUAAGAAUCUCCCAGACAAUCCAGAGAGAUUUGAUAUUUGUGUAAAUGUCUUAGCAAAGCAGAGUUUCUCUUCAGGAAGGUUUUACUACGAGGUUCAAGUUAAGGGGAAGACUAAUUGGGAUUUAGGAGUGGCCAGAGAGUCGAUCAACAGGAAGGGAGAAAUCAUACUGACUCCUCAGGAUGGUUACUGGACAAUUUGUUUAAGGAAUGACAAUGAGUACUAUGCUCUUGAGGACCUUGCAGUCUGUCUCUCUCUGAAGCCGAAGCCUGAGAAGGUGGGGGUGUUUGUGGAUUAUGAGGAGGGUCUGGUCUCCUUUUAUGAUGUUGAUGCUGCAGCUCUUAUCUACUCCUUUACUGGCUGCUCCUUCACUGAGAAACUCUACCCAUUCUUCAGCCCAUUUUUUAAUAAUAAUGGUAAAAACUCUGCUCCUCUGAUCAUUUCUCCUGUCAAUCACACUGAGUAGAACAACCAUUUGAUUUCCUAAAGAAAGAUUCACUUUCAUUUAAUGUAAUGAAUGAAUUGUUCUGGUGAUGAACAGUGUAGAAGACAUUGUUGAUUUUUCAAAUUCUGAUCAAUGUGUUUUUUUGCAUUUUGCAUUUUCUUUCUGUAAAUUUCUUUGAUUUUUCACAUUGCUGCUUACUACUACAAUACACCAAUGUUACCGCACUGAUUGAUGUCAUCCAACACAAUCUGAUUUAUUCUAAUAACUGCAUUACCUUCCUUAGACUGUUAAGUCAUCAGAAAAUAAUGUACUCAGAAUUAAACACAUUUUCACAAUUUUCACAUUUUCAAUUUCAAAACUUGUUAUUGUUUGAUCAUUGUAUUGUAAUGUGUGCAUACUGGAACAAAUUACUGAAGAGCACUUUAUGAAAGAGGAAUUCUUCCCAAAUUACAGUGUAACAUGGCCAACAGUACAGUAUGUAGUGAUACAUACACGUUGGUACAAUUGAACAAGAUGUGAAGUUAGGGAAUGGAAACAAACAAAUAAUGUGGGAAUUUUAAAAGAAUUUAUAUUGUAGAUAUUUUUAACUUACUGGUACUAUUUCUGUUAUUAUGGGAUACAGUAUGAUUACUGAGCAAUAAACUAGUGUUUAAUAGGAAUUUAAAGAUAACUUACAUUGUAAGUAUUUUUGACUACCCAAUAUCCAUUUUAAUAUGAGCAUGACCAUCCUUGAAAUCUGCACACAGGUGUGUGUGGCAGCUGAGUUUGUUUAAUAAGGGAUGCUUAAUGUAGAGAUAUUAUAUACUGUAUAGAAAGAAAGGUUUUCCAUUGGUUUUGGCAUUUUGAAAUUGUUAAGUUAGUUUACCUUUAAAAGAGAUGUGCUGAGUUUGAAAGUUAUGAAAUGACCCAUAGUAUUAUGUUUUAUAUUGUGCACUGACUCUCAAUAAAAUUUUACAAUGA